UUAACAAGCCCAUCAUCAUGUUUCAGCUUGAGUCCUUAGCUUCUCUUCUACUAGUUAUUGUCCCACUGUUCAUCUUCUUCAUCAAAACCAGCUUCAGUCGAGUGGGAAAGAAGAAGUCGUUAUCUCCAGUAGUUUCAUCUCAAACAACAACCACCAAAUUCCCCAAGUCAUAUCCAUUGUUGGGCCAAUCAAUUGCCAUUUCUGCUAACCAAGAGCGAUUCAACCAAUGGGCUACUGAACUUCUUCGAGAUAGUUCUAAUGGAAACAUCCUCCUUUAUCGACCUCUUGGCCAUCUUCAGCAUGUAACUACUAAUCCAGCCAACGUCCAACACAUCCUCAAAAACGAAUUCUAUCUCUACCCAAAAGGAGAUUUCUUUAGAGACAUCCUCACCAAUUUCCUCGGCGCUGGCAUCUUUAAUGCCGACGGCGAUAACUGGAGGUUUCAGAGACAGAUAUCCAGCCAUGAAUUCAACACCAAAUCUCUCCGCAAGUUCAUUGAAACUGUUGUCGAAGACGAGGUCUUGGACCGUCUCGUUCCUCUCCUGUCUGAUGCUGCUUCUAAUAAUUACGUACUUGAUCUCCAAGACAUCCUUCAGAGGUUUACCUUCGACAACGUCUGUAAAAUUGCUUUUGGUUAUGACCCGGCGUGUCUGUCUCCAUCAUUCCCACAGCCAAAAUCAGAAUUCGCCGAAGCAUUCGAAGCUGCUACACAGUUGAGCAGUGAGAGGUUUCACUACAUAUUCCCACCCUUGUGGAAGCUUAAACGUGCACUUGAUAUUGGGUCGGAGAAACGUCUACGAGAAGCAAACGCAACAGUUCGUGAAUUUGCAACAAAGGUGGUCAGAGAAAAGAAAAGAGAACUCCAAGAGAAGAAAUCUUCACUAGAAACACAGGACCUCCUCUCAAGAAUCUUGAACUCUGGCCAUUCUGAUGAACGUUUUGCUACAGAUAUGGUGAUAAGCUUUAUCUUAGCUGGCCGGGAUACCACAUCGGCUGCUUUGAUAUGGUUCUUCUUGUUAGUUUCUCGCAACCCUCGUGUAGAAGAAGAAUUAAUGAAAGAGUUGAAGGAGAAGCCAGAAUCACUUGAUUACGACGAUGUGAAGCACGUAGUUUAUACCCAUGCAGCGAUCUGCGAAACCAUGAGGUUGUACCCACCGGUACCAAAUGACACAAAAUUCGCAGCCGCCGACAAUGUUCUGCCGGAUGGUACCUUUGUAAAGAAGGGAGCUGGAGUGACAUACUUUCCCUAUGCAAUGGGGAGGAUGGAGAAGAUAUGGGGCAAAGACUGCAUGGAGUUUCGACCAGAGAGGUGCCUUGAGAAAGAGGAAAGCUCUCCUUCUGGGAAGGUGAAGUUUGUGGGAAAAGAUCCAUACACAUAUCCAGUGUUCCAAGCAGGUCCAAGGGUGUGCUUAGGGAAAGAUAUGGCGUUCUUGCAGAUGCAGAGGAUAGUUGCAGGUGUGAUGCAGAAGUAUCGGGUGGUGCCGGCGGAGAAGGAAUUUGAUCCGCUUUUCGUUUCUUACUUGUCCUCCAAAAUGAAAGGAGGUUUUCCAGUGAGGAUCGAGGAGAGGAAGGUUGCAUCUAGUGAAUAGUUAAUCUGUGUUUAAGCUUAUAAUGAUGCUCUGUUAACUUUGUUUGAUAAGGCAUAAU